AUGCCCAGUAGUAUGGUUAGCGUCCCCCGUAGUUUCUUUCACCCCAGGUUCGUGAGUUCCGCCCUCCGUUCUGCUUGGAUCCCUCACCCUUCUUGGCUUCCUUCGCACAGACUUCAGGCGGGUUCCUCGGUGGGGCCGGGACAGGAGGGGAGCGCAGAGCAGGGGGCCGGCACCCACUGCGGGUUGCUUGCCAUGACCGCUCCGCCGCGGCGCUACGAUUUCUCCCUCUGGUACUGCCUCAGCGACGAUCACAUCGCGACUUCCAUCGGCAAGAUCCUGACCAAGCAAGGCCUCCGGGGCUACAUCGAGCACCAGGACCACGUGGCCGGGCGGUCGGUCAUCGCCUCGGUGAACGAGAUCAUCCAGAGCAGCCGCGUCGCCCUCGUCCUCUUGACCUCGCGCUCUCUGGCUGACCCGUGGUGCCAGCGCGUCGUGGAGUGGAACCUCGUCCACACGAUACUCCAGGAGGGGACGAAAGUAAUCCCGGUGUGUGUGGAUGUCAGGCAGGAGCAGAUGCCGCCGGCGCUCAGGCACCUGACCGGACUCGAGUACAGAGGGCCAUUCUUCAGGCAGAGGUUGCUUGACAGCGUGCAAAAGGCCAGGUCGCCCACAAGGACCCCGUGCCCUUCCAGUCUGACCAGGCCUGUCUUUCUCCCAAGGACUUCAAGCCGUGUACGUAGCAUUCCCUGCAUUGCAUCAUCACAACAACCCUAUGGGGUAGGUUAGGGUUAGAGGGACUGCACAGGGUCAGCUUUGUUACCAGGGCGCAUUUGAUCCUUAAG